UCAGGCCAAAGUGCCGUUGAUUUACAAAAUGCUGCCAAACCUCUUCAUGAAAAUGGUGUACUUAUAUUAGCAGCUGGUGUUGCUGGUGAAGUUACUUACCAAGAGCUGCGAGCACUAACCAUCUACAAGAGCUAUGUCGUUCAAGUGUCUACUAGCUACUUUCCAUUUAUGUUAUCUAAUAAUUUUGCUUCAAGAGUCGUUAACGAUGGCGUUGAAAAGGCCGACAUCGUCUUUGCCGUUUCUUUGUCUGAACCUGCUGAUGCUACCACUCUUUUGAUGAGAAACACUUUGCGUCAGAUGGUCUUGCGCUACGGCAUUUAUCGUUUUCGCUAUAGUAUCAUCAGAUAUGGUAGUGCUCAGUCAGUUACGUUUGACUUUGGAAGCAUUUUACCAAACAAAGAGGCUAUCCUUACCGCGAUUAAUGGUCUGGUACGAUUUGACCAGGCAAAGCAAACAGAUGAUAAAGUCGUGUUUGAACAGGCAAGGGUUAUUUUUACAUCAAGACCAACCAGAGAGGAAGCCAGAAAGGUCUUCGUAAUCAUGAAUGACAAAGCUUCAGCUAACUCCCCAUCAGAGUUGGAUACAGCCAGAAGGAGCCUUCAAGRUAUUGGUGUUACUAUCAUUAAUGUUGGGAUGGGGAGUAGACCAAAUUUGGAUCAAUUGAGGCAAUACACCAUCUUCAGAAAGAAUGUGAUCUUUCUACCCUCRCUACCUGUGAACAGCUUCGAUGUGGCAAGAAGGAUAGUCGAGAAAGUCACCAGAGUGCCAGAAAUCGACAUGACCAUCAUGGCCACCUAUGUUGAUACAACUUCUCCAAAAGUUAAAGAUGUCAUGAAAAAUGCAAUCAAAUACAUAUCAGACACCUAUGGUCCAGUCAAAUUCCGAUUCAGUCUGGUCAACGUAGGACCAACACCAACUAGGGUGUUUGAUUUUGGUGUUGCAUUGCCAGACAAAGAAUCAGUUCAAAAAGAAGUUGACAAAAUCUCUCCAGUUUCUGGAAAUCCCAGCCUCAAACCAGCUCUUGUGGAAGUGGAAAAAUUGUUCAAUGAAUCUUCUCCUCGGCCAAAUGCCCGGAAGAUCAAUUUAAUUUUGACCGAUCGACCAUUUAAUGAUUCGUUAAGCGAUAUCACAAAUGCCAUGAAACCAUUGGAUAAGCUAGGGGUCAUGAAUAUAGCCGUUGGAUUUGGACCGAAACAAAGUAAAUGGGAGCUCACAACAAUAACGCGUUCUGAAAGAGCAGUUGUACUGCUAGACGAUGACAAAACAACACCAGCACAAGCAGGAGAUGAAGUGAUGAAAAUUAUUUUGGAUGAUGAUGCCGAGGACACAGUUUUGACAUUUGGUGUAUCUGCAACUACUCCUCAAAAUGAAGAAUUCAUCAAAGAUGUCCUGAAGGCUGCAAUUCGCCGAUUUGGUCCUGAUGACGUUGUCAAAAUCAAUAUUAUUCCAUUUGGUCCUACUGCUUCUUCACCAAUCACACUUGAUGCGUCUAAGUUUCCCAAUGAAGAGGCUAUUCUUGCUGCUAUAGAUAACAUUACCAUCCCAUCAGGAGAUCCUUCAAUAGCUAAUCUUCUUGAUGAAGUCAAAAAUCUGUAUAACAAAUCAGCUCCAGACAUACCAGAAGAUUCCAAUAAAGAAAUCAUUAUUGUCACUGACAAAAAAGCUUCUGAUACUCCAGCUGCAUUGGAAACGGCGGUAGAAUCGUUAAAACAAGCAGGAAUCAAGAUCAACACGGCUCCCUUAACACCUGAAGCUGCUCAAGAUAGUAAAAUAUUAAGUGGGGAAGAAGAAUCCACGGUUAGUGUGACGCCAAGUAAUAGCCCUGUUGCAGCUGCUGAAGAAGUUAUGUCAGAAGUUGUCAUUUCAAACGAAGAAGUACAAGACUUAAAUAAUGAAGUCGGUUGUGGCCCACUGCUUGACAACUACUUGUUGGACAUUACAAGUGCAGCAUUCAGUGCAUCAUCCGGGACGCCUGGAACCCCCUUAAUAUCUAGCCAACCUUGGAUUCCAAGUACAGCGGAUCUCUCACAAAAUCUAACUAUCGAUGCAGGUCGUUUAGUACGUGUCUCCAGAUUUAGUUUUGGUGGUGACCCAACGAAAGCCAAAUCACCUAGUCAGAUGGAGAUUUAUUUCAGUAACGAUGGUGUUACAUUCACCUGCAUAUUGAAGAUAAACAUGUGCAAGAGGUAUGCAUCUACAGUACCACCCUCAGUUCCAGGUUCUCAUGUCAGCACUGUUGACCUUGGGAAAAUAGUAGAAGCUCGUUAUUUCAGGUUCAACCCAAUUGAACCAGAUCCAUCGGUACAAGGAGCUGAAACAGCAUCUCUUCGUGUGGAGCUUCAUGGAUGUAUCAAAGUCACUCCAAUUAUGGACAUCAUGUUUGCAAUGAGCGCCACGUCCCCUGAUGCAGUGCAAGUAUUCACAACAAUGAAAAAUACUGCCAAGAACAUUGUCAAUCUCUACGGAAUAACUGAUAUCAAGUAUUCUACAGUGGUGUUUGGUUCUUCUGCCAACUUUGUAAACGUGUUCGACUUUAGCACGACAUUUGCAAAUAAAGCUGCCGUAAUUACAGCUAUCGAUAGUGCACCUCGUCAAACGGGUACUCCAUCAAUAACAGAUGCAUUUACGAAAAUAAAGGCCAUUUUUGACAGUAAAAGUCGCCCAGGUGCCAUUCGAGUACUAGUGGUCAUGAUGGACAUGAGUCCAUCCCAGGUGGAAAACGCGGUCAAAUCUGCAGCAGCAGAAAUGCGAUUAGGAAAUGUACUCAUAGUGACACUGGGGGUUGGAAAACAAAUUCCUGCUCAGAACCUGGAAUGGAUGACUUUGAAUAAGUAUUACGUAAUGAUGGCGCCAUCCAAUGAAAACCCUCGACAUUUGGGCGUUGGCAUCAUGUCUAGAGCUCUGAAAGAAAUCGACCUGACGUUUGCAGUAGGCGCAAAUUCUGCUAAAAAAGCAAACACUUUUGUCUUGAUGAAAAAUACCAUGAAAGACAUCAUCAACAAGUAUGGAAUCAAGACUGUCCAUUACAGCGUCGUAAACUACGGGUCAUCAAGUGGAGUCAUCGAGAAAUCCUAUACAAACUUCCUUACGUAUUCCACAACAUCAUCAUUCAGUAAUUACAUCGAAACUAUUAGUCCUAGACCAGACACUGGCGCUCCUUCCUUGAACAAUGCACUCAGUAAGAGUAAAGACUCUUUUAAUGAUCCAAAGGUUCGACCAACUGCUGAUAAGACCAUUGUUAUUAUGAUUGAUGAUGAUUCGACUGAGAAUAUGGCUUCUUUACGAACACUUGCUGAUUCAAUAGAAAUGACAGGAGCAAGAAUCAUCCCUGUUGGAAUUGGAAAAGAAGUCACGAGGAAGCAAUUGAUGACGAUUACUACCAGUGAAUAUGACGUAAUCCACGUURAARACAGCAUCACAAAUCCUGCCCUGCAAGAAACAAUCAUGAAUAAUGUUUAUAAAAUUUACAUGCCAGAAGUUGACYUGACRUACAUCCUCAAUGUAGCAUCUACCAGUGCUAAUGCUGUCUUCACUUACAUGCAGAAUGUAAUGCUAUCUAUAACUGCUCGAUACAGCGUAGGUAAAAUYCGCUACAGYGUCAUCRUUGUCAAUGGAAGUACACCAUCAACUGUCUACAAAUUUGGAAUCGUUUUYCCAAACAAAGAAAUCGUCGCUAUAGCACUAAAGAAAAUAAAARUGGACAACCUUGGGGGUUCGUCACUUGACAAAGCUCUUCAAUUGGCCAAGACAAAUUACGAUUCGCCYAACGUGCGUUCUUUUGCUCUGAAGUUURUAGUACUCAUCACAGAUAAGCGAUCAGGUAUYAUUGAAGCUGUUUUACGUGGUUCAUUCUCAUCUCUUCAGAACGCAGGAGUACGUGUGAUACCUGUAGGAAUAGGCAGCGAGGUGGACGUAUUAGAAAUGAACUAUAUUACAGCAUAUAAGGAUCAAGUUGUUCUUAUGUCGCCUGACAAAUCCUAUGUGUACAAUGGGGAAGAAGUGAUGGACAGGAUUGUACGAAUUCCCGAAGUUGAUGUCGUUUUUGUACUAAAUGCUGACUCCGCCAGCUCUGACACCACCUUUGGCUUGAUGCAAAAUGCUACAAAAAUGAUUGGAGAAAAGUUUGGAGUUUCCMGRUUCCAAUACGCUGUGGUUGUUUAUGGAAAUACACUCACAAAAGCAUUUGACUUUACCGAGAACAUUCCUUACCGAGCUGCUCUGAUUGAAAAGAUCAAUAGCAUUUCUAAAAUCUCUGGAGUAUCUAAACUUUCUGACGCCUUGACAGAAGCAGCGAAUGUUCUUAAUGGARGCAAAGCUCGUCCWAAYGCAAGGAAAGCAAUUGUCGUCAUUCAAGACAAGAGUACUGGCUCAAGCGUGAGCGAUUUACAAAAUAUGGCAAAACCUCUUUUCUCCGAUGGAAUAAUAGUGAUUGCUUCAGGUAUUGGAUCAGGGGUGCCAAAGGAAGAGCUACGCGCCCUAACAACCAGAAAUGAAGACGCUAUCAGUGUUGGUAAUAAUGAGCCGGAGGGUGCAUUAGGAGACAAAAUUGUGGCAAGAAUACUUGAAGAUGGUUACCCUGAACUUGAUCUGCUGUUUGCCAUCAGUCUUUCUGCAGUCAAUACAAACACUCAAAGUCUCAUGAAAGACAUCUCCACAUCCGUUAUCAAAAGAUUUGGAAUCGAUCGCAUUCGCUAUGGUGUCAUCCUUUUCGGCGACACAGCCGUAGACAAGUUUGAUUUUGGCAGCAUUCUUCCUGAUCAGACAUCGAUCGUUAAUGCCGUCAAGGCACUUCAAAAAGUUGACGAGAGCACAAAUCCUAACUUAAAGUUAGCCAUGGACAAAGCUAAAGAACUGUUUGAAAAUGGUCCGGUUCGAGAAAAUGUGAGAAGAGUAUUGGUUAUUCUCAUGGACAAGGAUACAACAUCUAGUAAAGCAGAGCUAGAAACAGUCAAAAGGAGUUUGCAAGACCAACGCGUUACUAUCAUUCCUGCCGCUGUUGGUCCAAACGUGGAUCCAGAAAAACUGUACAAUGCAACGGUGUUUAGAGAUCACGUGACGCAAGUACCUGUUGGCUCUGCUCCUGCAGAAGCUGCUGAAGAGAUCAUCCGAAAAGUACCACUUCCUACCAUCGAUUUAGUAUUCACAACUACAGCAGAUUCUACCACAACAAAUGAGAUAUUCAAUAUCAUGCAACAAACAGUACAGGCUAUCGGUGACAAGUACGGCACACGAAAAGUUCGCGUAAGUCUGGUCACUUUUGGAACUCCACCCGUAGUAGUCUUUGAUUUCAAUACCACCAUCCCAGACAAAGAAUCGCUGGCUAAAGAACUUGCAAAGGUGACGAAGCUCAAUUCCAACCCUGAUUUACCAGCUGCUAUUAAAAAGGCACAGGAAAUCUUCGAUUAUUCUCCCGUUCGACCUGAUGCAAAGAAGGUUUUAACAGUCAUAACUCAUCGAAAAUUCAAUCUUGGUGAAAGUGACAUUAGAAAUGCCGUUAAACCUCUUGAUGAUAAAGGUGUUCGUAUCGUUACUGUUGGUUUGGGCAACGAUCCCGAGCAAAGUGAACUGACAAAUCUCACUCGCACUGAGAGAGCCGUCAUACGACCAGUCAGUAAUGAUGGAGGCAAACAAGUGGCUGAUGAAAUACUCAAGGUCAUUUUGAAUGAUGGAAUCCCUGAAAAGUACGUGACAUUUGCAGUCAGCGCAGCUAGUCCUCAAGCUGCGCAAACACUCCAAACAAUGAAGGAAAAUAUUAAAGCAAUAGUGAGAAGAUACGAUCCCAAAAAGUUCAAGUAUAGCGUAGUAGUGUUUGGGGCAACUGCAAGUACAGCUUUCAAGUUCAACCCAGACAACGUCAAUCAGGAUGCUUUAGCAGGACAGCUGGAUAGCAUAUCCCCAGGGGCUGGUGAUCCUUCAUUGAUCAAUGCUCUCACUCACUCUGAACAACUAUUCAAAGAUGCUGUCUUUACUGGAAAAACCGAUAAAGUCAUUGUUCUUAUGUGGGAUAAAAACUCAACGGAAAAUGCGGCAGAUAUUAAAGCCACAGCAAAAAAUAUAACCAGUAGUGGCAUUCGUAUCAUAUCUGUACCAAUGAUUCCAGAUCCACAAAGCGCAGCUGAUGCGGCGAAUCCAGCAGAAGAAAAGGUUAUACCAAAUUCCCUUCAGGCGGAUCCUGCGCGUGUUGGUGAGGAGAUCGUGGACGUCAUACUUUCAGUCCCUUGUGAAACGAACCCAUGUAACAACGGUGGAACGUGCUUUCAAAACACUUGCAUCUGUAAACAAGGAUUCUCUGGUACCUACUGUGAAAAAGUUGACUCAUUUGAUGUUGGUUGUGGUCCAUUGUUGGAUAACUACUUGCUUGAAAUCACUUCGUCCUCAUUCAAAGCUACGUCAGGAAAUCCUGGAAUUCCUCUUCUAGCAAAUACUGCCUGGGAUCCUACAAUAUUAAACCAACCACAACAUUUGACUGUGGAUCUUGGGGAGAAUGUCCAGGUCACAAGGGUCGGUUUUGGUGGGAACAAAGCCCGAUCUAAUUCACCAAGCCAACUCACUCUAGAUUUUAGUAUUGACAACAGCAAUUACACAUGCAAGAAAACUGGCCUCGCCUGUAUGAGAUACUAUAGUACUAAAAAACCACCAGUGCCUGGAACUCAUGUCUCGUAUGUUGAGGUUAAUAAGGGUGACCCAGUCAAUACUCGCUAUAUCAGAUACAUGCCAGUARAGCCUGAUGCUUCCUUGAAACCAGGGGGAUCUUCUCUUAGAGUUGAAGCAUAUGGAUGCAUAGACGCGUACCCUGACAUGGAUAUCCUGUUUGCCAUGAGUGCCACAUCUCCUACAAACGCUUCACAGAAUCUCGAUCUAAUGAAAAAGACGGCCAAAGACAUAGUCACUCUGUUUGGUGUACAUCGGAUAAGAUAUGCAACCAUGACUUUUGGAGCAACUGCAACCACUGUUUUUGAUUUUACUAAUUCUUCAGUUUCCAAAGAAUAUGUGUCCUCUAGAAUCGAUGGGGCAACUCCAGAAAGCGGAACCGUUAACAUGGAAAAUGCUUUGAACGAAGCAAAGACAAUGUUUGACAAUGCAAAUCCUCUACGUCCAAAUGCUAGGAAAGUAUUGAUCGUCAUGACAGAUAAGGAUACCAGUACKACCAAGGCAAACGUUGAGAGCAAAGUAAAGGAACUCACAGACAAAGAGAUUAAGGUUAUUGGUGCAGGAGUCGGUACGGAAAUAGACAGAAAUCAACUGGACUGGAUAACGCUUAACAAGUUUUACGUCAUGCAUGUUGCCAAUGAAGAACAACCUCGGCAUUUUGGACAGGGUAUCAUGACCAGAGCCAUUAAAGAGUUUGACAUUACAUUCGUUAUCAGCUCAACUUCUUCUGGAACGGCACGUAUCUAUCCGCUCAUGAGAGAAACGCUGAAAGAUAUAGCCACCACGUAUGGGAUAAAGACCAUUUAUUACAGCAUUAUUAUAUUCGGUUCCAAAGCAGCAAGUCCACCGGCAAUAGUAGUCAGGACCUUCACCCAGGUUACAUCCCAGUUUCUUGACAAGAACGCCUUUGGCAAAUUUUUUGACAAUCUUGAUAAGAUAUCAGAUGGAAGAACUCCAAACGCUCUCGACGAGGCUUUGAAACUGGCUGAAGAUGGCUUCAAUGACCCGAAAGUACGAAAAAAUGCCGACCAUGUUGUUGUGAUUAUCACUGAUAAAGAUACUGCGAAAGAUCUGAACUUGAAACCUCGUGUAAAUACAAUGGAAAAUAAAGGCAUAAGAAUAAUCCCAGUUGGUAUUGAAAAUGAAGUGACAACAAAAGAACUCCAAGGGCUGACGUCUAAUGAUUAUGACGUAAUCCAUGUUUACAAAGGAAUUACUAAAAAUGAUCUUCAACAAAGAAUCAUGCACAAGGUUUAUCGACUUGACAUGCCGGAUAUUGACCUAACUUUCAUCAUCAAUGCCGUCGCAGCUGAAUCUGAUGCAACGUACACUUUCAUACAGAAUGUCAUUCGAUCAAUAAUCCAGAGGUACAGCUAUGGCAGAAUUUACUACAGCUUUAUCUUCUAUGGAAGCGUGCCUACGACUAAGUAUGACUUUGGCAAUCAGUUCCCGAAUAAAGAAGUCCUUUUAAGAGUAUUUUCAAAACUUCCCAAAAAUGACCCAGGAACCUCACUUGACAAGGCUUUGGAAGAAGCUAAGCGAAUCUACCAAACAAACCAUGURAGAUCMAAUUCCUGGAAAAUUGUAGUGAUUCUGUUCGAUCAAAGAUCUGGCCUUACUGAAAACGUCUUGAAAAACGUAUCUUCACCUCUCCGUGAAAUUGGGGUUCGUAUUAUUCCUGUUGGAAUCGGCAGUGAUGUAAGCUACCGAGAAAUGGAGACGAUCACUGCUUUUGAAGACYAUCCUCUGACUGUGACUAGAAGCAGAAAUCCUGUAGAAACUGGAGAGGAGAUCAUGAGGAAAUUCCUUGGACUUCCAUUUGUCGACGUUGUGUUUGUCAUUAAUGCUAACUCUGUUAAUAAGGAUACGACAUUCCAGACAAUGAAAAACGCAAUCAAACAGAUUUCUGAUAAAUUUGGAGUUGAUCGGUUCCACUAUAGCGUUGUUGUAUACGGUGACGCCAGCAUCAAGAAGGAAUUUGACUUUGACAGUAAAACUCCUUUUGAAAAAGAACUCCUUGCCAACGUUGAUAAAGUUGCUAAUAUUCCUGGUUCAUCAAAGUUGAUAGACGGUCUUAACGAAGCCAAAAACAUACUGGACACUAACUCAAAAGUCCGUUCAAUUUCUCGAAAAGCAAUCGUUGUGAUCUCAGAUAAAUCGUCUGGUCAAACUGUACCGGCUCUUGAAUCAGCAGCAAGGCCACUUCACGACCAAGGAAUAAUCGUUGUUGCGUCGUCCAUUGGUGAUGCUCCACCAAGAGAAGAACUGCGAGCAUUGACAACCAGAAAAGAUGACGUAAUCCAGGUUACUAAUAGCGAUACUAGUGGUUACCUUGGUGACAGAAUUGUUGCAAGAAUCCUUAAAGAUGGUAUUCCAGAAAUUGAUAUCAUGUUUGCCAUCAGUGCAAACGUCACAAAACUAAUGAAAGACAUUAUCAAAUCUAUCAUCUAUCGUUAUGGGGACGACCGAGUCCGAACAAGUAUUGUCGUGUUUGGUUCAACACCAAAAACAAUAUUCCACUUUGGUUAUGAUUUCCCUAACGAAAAAGAAAUUCUUGAUACGAUUGAAAAUCUUACUACUGGAGAAACAACACAGCCCCCAAAUCUGCAGAAGGCUUUGGAUGGUGUUCGACAAUUAUUCCAAGAGGUACCAGUUCGUCCAAACUCUCGAAAAGUAUUAGUCACCAUUAUUGAUAGACCUUCUGACUCCACCGAGGAGGUGCUAAAAAAWUCUACAAGAGAGCUACAGAAUAUUGGAAUUACGCAAAUCCCUAUUGUUAUCGGUAACGACGUGCCUAACAAUCAGAUUGAAUCAAUCACCAUCUUCAAAGACAAUGUAAUCAAGACUCCUGCUAAUACACCAUCCUGGGAAAUAGGAGAGGAAAUCAUCUCUAAAAUUAUUGGUCUGCCCGAGAUUUUCUUGACAUUCGCCAUUACAACUGAAGCGGCCAUGGAUAACAAAACGUACCAGCUGAUGACCGACACUGUCAAACUAAUGGGAGAUAAAUAUGGCAUGAAGAAAAUCCACUACAGCAUUGUAACGUUUGGAGACCCACCAAAGACCUUAUUUGAUUUUGAGCAAACCUUACCUGAUAAAGAAACGCUGGCUAAGGAAGUCGACAAGCUCCCAAAGUCCGAUGCUCCUUUAAAUUUCGAUGCAACGAUGAAAGAGGUGGAGAGAGUCUUUGAUAAAACACCAAUAAAACCGGAAUCAAAGAAAGCUUUGGUGGUUAUGGUACACAAGACAAUUGGUGCUAACGAAACAGUUAUUAAAGAUGCUUUGAAACCUCUCGACAAAAAAGAAAUUAUUCCACUCGUCGUUGGCAUUGGAAAUGCUCCAAGUUCUGAAGAGAUGGAAGAAAUUGCAAGAACAGAUAGAAAGGUGAUCAGGCCUGCAAAUGAUGAUGGACCAAGACAAGUGGUGGAUGAAAUCAURAAAAGAAUUAUUGGCGAUGGCGUCCCUAAAACUGAUAUCGUCUUUGCAAUCAGUGUUUCUUCGGUAAACAGCACCGAAAUCGUGAAUCGUAUCAAAGACAUCAUCAAGAAUAUCAUUAUUCGAUAUGGCAACACGAAAAUCCAUUACGGAUUUGUUACCUUUGGAAAUACCACCUCUAAAAGAAUAGACUUAUCUUCAGAUGUUCCAACCAAGCAAGAGCUUGAAGCAACCAUUGAUUCUGUUAACGCGACUAAAGGCAGUCUGAACAUCACUAAAGUGACUAACGCCGCAAGUGAAAUGCUAAACGGGUCAAAGGCAAGAAAAGACGCAAAUAAGGUUGCCGUUAUCAUGUAUGACCACACACCAGAUCAAGAACCUGAAAUAYUAAGCGAGGCAACAAAACGCCUGGAAAAAGAAAAGAUUCUCGUUAUCCCUAUUCCAUUUAGCCCAAAUAAUUCUAAGGCGAACGACAUAUCUACGAAUAAUGAGCAUGUAGUUCCACCCUCCAUUGGCAAUAAUCCUGUAGACGACGCCGAAAACAUAAUGGAUGUAAUAUUGAAAGCUUCAUGCAGUGUUAACCCAUGUCUUAACGGUGGAACAUGUGUGAGCAAUGUUGGGUAUACUUGCAACUGUUUGCCGGGAUAUUUUGGCAGAAACUGUCAAAUAGGCUGUGUCCAAAAAGAACUGGGCGUCAUGGUACCAGGAAAUGACGGCAAGGAACAUCUACGUCUCUCUGAUAGCCAAAUAACUGCAUCUUCGCAGCGUGACCCAAGCUAUGCUCCUCACAGAGGCAGGCUCAACAUGAGAGAGAUCCCGCCACUAUAUCGUAGCGGAUGGUGCGCCAAAAUAAACGAUACUGCGCCAUAUCUUCAGAUUGACUUUGAAUUAAAUACUACUUUUACAACAUUGAAGACAAAAGGAAUUACUGAUAAUACUGUGGGCGACUCGUACAUAAAAUCUUUCUAUGUGAGCUAUUCUAACGAUACGAAUGGAAACUGGACAGAGUACCAGAAGGAUGGCAAGAAGCACAUUUUUACCAGCGGCCGCUCUCCAACUGCCAACAACUUUACAUCUUUUGUUAAAGCACGAUACCUUAGAAUUCAUCCAAUUCCGUUGAAUGGUUCUACAUGUAUGCAGGCAGCUGUCUAUGGAUGUGAUCCAAGAGCCAUGGUUGGUAUCCCACCGGUCGGCGUAGAAGCUGCGGCACAGAGUGUACCAUUCAAUAACCCACGAGGACAAUUUUGGGCAAUUCCUAUGGUUAUCUUCCCAUUAAUCCUUGGCUUAUCGCUCCUUGGACUUUUGUUGCGAUUCUUUCCUUGUGGAAGGGGAGGAGGUAGCGGCAAAGGUCAAGAAAGUCUGUUACAAUCAUGGCAAAACCCUCCAGCCUUUAAUCCCUACAAUGAGGUUCAAACCGUGUCAAUAGAGUUUGGAGAAGAGAAUGCUCCUGGUGCAGGUGGAAUGCAUGCUCUCACAGUAAUGGCACCUGGUGGAGGAGGUGGUGGAUUUGCAGCCGGUGGCGCAGCUGGAGCCUUUGGAGCAGGAGGAGGAGCAGCAGCAGCAGGAGGAGGAGCCGGCGGAGCAGGUGCUGGAGCGGGAGCAGGAUUCGGUGCCGGAGGUGGAGGUGGAGGUGGAGGCGGAGGUGGAGGUGGAGGCGGAGGAGUCUCAUACGGGUAUUCCUACUUCGAGUCAUCGCAGGUUUCUUCAUCAUCCAUGUUCCAAGAUAUGCCAUUACAGGCCGGAAUGACAGAAGUGGACGUAGCGUUUGAUAUUGAAGAAGGCGCAGGAGGUGGAGGGGGUGGUGCAGGAGCAGCGGACGUAUUGCUAGCCGGAGGAGGAGGUGGCGGUGGAGGUGGUGCUUCGUAUUCGUCUUUCGAAGCAAUGAGCUCUUCUUCAACAGUUUUAGGAGGAGGAGGAAUGGGAGGAGGAGGAGGCGGAGCAGCUGGUGGAGGAGGAAUUGGAGCUGGUGGAGGAGGAAUGAGUGCCGGUGGUGGUGGAGGCAUGGCUGGAGGAAUGGAAGGAGCAUCAGCCAUGAGCAGUGCGGGAGGUGGAGGCAUGGGCGCUGGUGCAGGUGGCAUGGCAGGAGGAGCAGGAGGAGGAGGAGCAGCAGGAGGAGGAGCAGCAGGAGGAGGAGCAGCAGGAGGAGGAGCAGCAGGAGGAUCGGGCGGUACCUUUGAAAAUGAUGACGACGACUCAAACCUGUUUAGCGAAAGUAACAGAAUAUUUUCAUUUGAUCGACAAUACGUACCAAGUAGCUCCAAAACCUAAAUGGACGUCGUGCACAGGAAAGGAAACGUGCGAUCAUAACCUGCAUUAUAUCAAUAUACAUAUAUAAUCGUAAAAUCAGCAAUUAAUUUUCGCUAUGCUUGUAUCAUUUAAGUAAUUUUCAAGUAGCUUCUACUUUACUACUGUCGAUAAAUAAUUUCAUGCUUAAAUCACCGAUGUUUUUGUUAGCAAAUAAUUUAUGUGUAAAUAUAUUGUUUAUACGUUAACGGCCAUAAGGUCUAAGCCAAUAAGAAAUAUUCACUAUGCAUGCAUUUUCCUGGUUUUCUCGUGGUCAAAAAUAAGAAAAGGAAUCGAUUUAUGAAUAGAGUUACAGAACCUUUAUGGUAUAAGAAAGAUAAAGAAAGACAGGGGUUUUAACCAAUGGAAAAAUGUUGAUCACACAAAAGCACAGUUUCAAAGAUAUAUUUUAUUACUGCACGUAUAUUAACUGAUGUACCAUUGUUUUCAUAGCCACAACUCUGGUUGAACUUAACAAAAAUUUGCUUUUAGUCUUCUUUGUUAUAUCAAUCGACCAGCAUAUUUUUAUUCAAUUUUUUUGACAAUUAUUACAAAUCAUUUACACCCAAAAAAAUGCAGGGCAUUGCUUUGUAUGCUUUUAGUUGAACUAUUAAGCAAGCACCAGAUUAUUCCACAAUCCAAAAUAUGUAACAUUUCCUAUAUCACAUAUCACAUUGUUUUUGCUAUAUCAAAAGACGUUCUUGUUUGAAGAUUGUUACCAAAAGAAUUGUGAAGACUAACUGUUUAAAAUUUAAAAUUCAAAACGGCCGGAUAAUUUGCAAAGGUAGUGACUUCGUAGCACACUAUCUAUUUCGGUCUCAGAUAUAGAAUUUACGACGACCGACAACGUUUUUUGAAGUAGGUGUACGUGAAUAAAGCACGCAAAAAUAUAUAAUGUUAUAAGUGUCAAAAAAAAUUAUUAUUUGAAUUAAUAAAAAAAUCAUGAACCAUUUUC